AUGUCCAAAGAGACAACUGAGAGUCGGAAACAUCCUACAGAAUUUGGACCCAUCACAUUUUCCACCCUGAGGAAUUACGAUUGUGUGAUCCAGAGAACAUCUGAGUUCACAGCUACAUUUGGGAAGGUCAUAAUAUGGAAGAGUAUUGUCAACCUUAUAGAAGACAUGCAAGGUAUGAAAACAGACAUAGUGGAGACAAACCCCCUGAAGAUACUCAAUAUGACGAAGUCUUUGCACAUCACAGGUGUCCCUACACAUAUAAAAGUGCGCAUACUGACUGGAGAGAAAACAUAUGAAUGUAACCAAUGUGGAAAAGCGUUUGCAUCUAAGAGUGAUUUCCUAAGACAUAAAAGAACACACACUGGAGAGAAACCUUAUGAAUGUAAUCAGUGUGGUAAAGCCUUUGCAUGUAACAGUAGUCUCCAAAUACAUAAAAGAACUCACACUGGAGAGAAACCUUAUUAAUGUAAUCAGUGUGGUAAAGCCUUUGCAUGUAACAGUAAUCUAAUACAUAAAAGAAUUCACACUGGAGAGAAACCUUAUGGAAGUAACCAAUGUGGUAAAGCCUUUGCACGUAACAGUGAUCUCCUAAUACAUAAAAGAACUCACACUGGAGAGAAACCUUAUGAAUGUAACCAAUGUGGUAAAGCCUUUGCACAGAGAAGUACUCUUCUAAUACAUAAAAGAACUCACACUAAAGAGAAACCUUAUGAAUGUAACCAUUGUGGUAAAUCCUUUGCAUGUAACAGUAGUCUCCAAAUACAUAAAAGAACUCACACUGGAGAGAAACCUUAUGAAUGUAAUCAGUGUGGUAAAGCUUUUGCACGUAUCAGCAUUCUCCAAAGACAUAAAAGAACUCACACUGGAGAGAAACCUUAUGAAUGUCAUCAGUGUGGUAAAGCCUUUUCCUGUAAUAGUACUCUCCUGCUACAUAAAAGAACUCACAGUGGAGAGAAACCUUAUGAAGGUAACCAUUGUGGUAAAGCAUUUACACAUAAGGGUAAUCUCCUAAAACAUAAGAGAAUGCACACUGGAGAGAAACCUUAUGAAUGCAACCAGUGUGGUAAAGCCUUUGCACAGAACAGUCAUCUGGUAGCACAUGAAAGAACUCACACUGGAGAGAAAUCUUUUGAAUGUACCCAAUGUGAUAAAUCCUUCAGCCAAGUAGCUGGGCUGAGACUGCACUCACGUAGUCAUACUGGAGAGAAACCCUUUAAAUGCACUCUAUGUGGAAAAGCCUUCAAUACCACUGUUCUCAUGUGGCAUAAAAGAACACACACAGGAGAGAAGUCUUAUAAAUGUAAUCAAUGUGGUAAAGCCUUUGCAAAAAAUAGUUAUCUCACGUGGCACAAAAGAACACAUACUGGAGAGAAACUUUAUGAAUGUAACCAGUGUGGUAAAGCCUUUGCAGAAAACAGUGAUCUCCUAUGGCAUAAAAGAACACACACUGGAGAGAAACCUUAUGAUUGUAACCAGUGUGGUAAAGCCUUUGCAGAAAACAGUACUCUCUUAAGCCAUAAAAGAACACACACUGGAGAGAAACCUUAUGAAUGUAACCAGUGUGGUAAAGCCUUUGCAGAAAACAGUAAUCUCAUACGGCAUAAAAGAACA